AUGGCCGACGACGUCCAGAAUAAGACCAGCCCGAGUCCCGCCGGAGCUACGGCCGAUGUUAGCCUUCGGGCACAACUAGAGAGCCUCAUUGAGCGAGCUGCCGCCAAAGAUGCUCUUAAGGAUUUCGAUUCGGCCGCCGAAAUUUACUCCGAGGCCACAGAACUUCAAGCGAAGUUGAACGGGGAACUAUCGCUUGACAACGCCGAUCUACUAUUCGCCUACGGGAAAGCUCUAUACAAUGUGGCCGUGAGCAAAAGCGACGUCCUCGGCUCAAAGGUGGCAGGCGACGCGCAGCCCCAGCCAAGCAACACACCGGCUCAAAGUACCUUGCCAUCGAAGUCGGCAACUGGUGGUGACAAUCCCAUCCAAAAAGCAAUUGCUAGUGGGUUGACUCCGACGGGAGCGGUCGGAGAAAAUGCGCAAUCUGGGUCAGCUGGGAACAAGCCGCUUUUCCAGUUCACCGGCGACGAAAACUUCGACGAUUCGGAUUCCGAGGAGGAGGAUAACAAGGAAGAAGAGGGUGCCGAUGAUGAAGAUGAUGACUUUGCCAAUGCCUUCGAAGUUCUUGAUCUGGCCCGCAUACUUUACCAUAAGAAACUAACGAUUGACGACGAAAGCGGGAAGGGAAAGUCGGCCGAUCUAUCGCCCAGCAUGCGACACCUCAAGGAGAGGCUUGCGGAUACGUAUGAUUUACAGGCAGAAAUUUCCUUGGAGGCUGAACGCUUUACGGAUGCAGUUGCCGACUUAAGAACCGCGCUUGAUUUGCGAAAAGCGUUGUUUGCGAUGGAAGAUCCAUCUAUUGCUGAAUGCCAUUACAAACUUUCACUUGCCUUGGAGUUCGGGUCAGUUCAGAAGGCAAACAUUGACCGCGAAGGCGAUAAUAAUGAUCAGCGGGGCAAAGUCGACGAGGAAAUGAGGAAGGAUGCAGUAUUCCACAUGGAAAAGGCCAUUGAAAGCUGUCGGGUUAGAAUGACUCUAGAGCAAACCAAACUGGACCGCGAAAGUUCCGGAGACGAGGAUAAAACAACGGCUAUGAAAAGGAAAAUAGCCAACGUGAAAGAUAUCAUCGGCGACAUGGAGCAAAGACUUGUCGAUCUUCGUCGCGGACCGAUCUCAUUAGAAGACGACAAGCAAGGUGAAGCGGUCCUCCAGGGUCUUCUAGGUCAAAUUAUGGGACAAUCUGCUUCCGAGCAAAAGGCAAAACUCGACGCAGUUACGAAAAAUGCCAACGACCUCUCUUCACUUGUCAAGCGGAAGCCAACCGAUGGCCAGGCAUCUCGCAAACAUGACUUGGCACAUAAGCGCUCAUCUUCUGAAGACACCCCCGAAAGCAAUGCGAAAAGAGCGAGAAAAGACAACAACACGUCUGAUUGA